AAAUAAUUAGACAUAAUGUCUUAGGGGAAAGGACAAAGUGAAGUUAAAAUUCAUGCAAGUGAUAAAAUUGAAGAAGUGAAAGGAAAUGAAGAGAAACCAAAAACUAUAGCUUAUUUUGAUUUGUUUAGAUUUGCUAAAAAUGAAGAUAUUGGAUUAAUGAUUUUGGGUUCAAUAGCAGCAUUUUUGAAUGGAGGAGCAAUACCAAGUUUUUCAUUGAUAUUUGGAUCAAUGGUAAAUUCAUUUUAAGAGGCAGGGGAUGAGAUGGUUAGAUAGGCUGGAUGGAAUGCAUUGUAGAAAUAUUUGAAUAAUAUUAUUGUAGAUGGUUUUUGAUAGUUGCUAUAGGUACAGCCAUAUUAUCAUUUACAAUGUUUUCAACAUGGAUGAUAUCAGGAGAAAGAUAAGGGAUAGAAUUUAGAAAGAAUUAUUUUAAAGCGAUAUUACAUUAAGAAGUAGGAUGGUUUGAUACAAUAAAUCCAAAUGAAUUAAAUAGUAAAGUGGCAAAUGAAUCAUUCGCAGUAUAAGGUGCAAUAGGAGAGAAGGUUCCAACAUUUAUAAUGACACUUUCAAUGACAUUUUUUGGAUUUUUAUAUGGAUAUGUUUGGUAAUAUUUUUAAUGAUGAUUUUAGGGGUUGGUAAUUGGCUAUAGUAAUAACAGCAACAAUUCCAGCAUUAACAAUAGUAAUGUCUAUAUUUGCAGUGGUAAUUUAAUCAUCAGCUAUUGCAACUUAAGCUGCAUAUAGUGAAGCUGGUGCUUUAGCUGAGUAGGCAAUUAAUUCAAUAAAGACAGUAAAGAUGUUAGAUGGAGAAGAUUAUGAGCAUAACAAAUAUUAUCAUCUAUUAUAAGGAGCAGCACAUAAAACUAUGAAAUACGAUUUAGGAGUAGGAUUAGCAUUAGGUUUAUUAUGGGCAGCUAGUUUAUGGUCAUAUGCUUUAGGAUUUUGGUAUGGUGCAAAAUUGAUUGCAGAUUAAGUAAAAUAUAAUAAAGAUUAUAUUUUUAGACAUAUAAUCAUAAUUAAGGAGAUGUAUAUACAGUAGGUGAUGUAAUGACAAUAUUUUUUGCAGUAGUGACAGGAGGUUUUUCAUUAGGAUAAGCAGGACCUUGUGUAUAGAAUUUUGCUAAAGGCUAAGCAGCAGCAGCAUAAAUGUAUGAAAUUUUGGAUAGAUAACCUAAAAUUUAUAAUCCAAAAAAUCCUAUAAAAUUAUAAGAUUUUAAUGGUGAAAUAGUAUUAAAGAAUGUUAGAUUUAAUUAUCCAAAUAGACCAGAUUAAAUUGUAUUGAAUGGAUUAUCAUUGAGAAUACCAGCAGGCAAGAAAGUAGCAUUGGUUGGAGAAAGUGGAUGUGGUAAAUCAACUGUAAUGUAAUUAAUUGAAAGAUUUUAUGAUUGUGAUUAAGGAGAUGUUUUAUUCGGAGGAGAAAAUGGAAUUAAUGUUAAAGAUUUAGAUUUAAUAGAUUUGAGAAGUAGAAUAGGUUUAGUUGGAUAAGAACCUAUUUUAUUUGCAACUAGUAUUAAAGAAAAUUUACUAUAUGGUAAAAUAGAUGCAACUGAGGAUUAAAUGAUAGAUGCAUUAAAAUAAGCUAAUGCUUGGGAUUUUGUAUCUAAAAUGGAAUAAGGUUUAGAAACAUAUGUUGGUAUUGGAGGUGGUUAAUUAAGUGGAGGAUAAAAAUAAAGAAUAGCAAUUGCUAGAGCUAUAUUAAAAAGACCUUAGAUUUUAUUAUUAGAUGAAGCAACAAGUGCUUUAGAUAGAACCAAUGAAAGAUUGAUUCAAUAAACUUUAGAUGAAGUAUCAAAGGGUAUCACUACAAUAGUAAUAGCUCAUAGAUUGAGUACAAUAUAGAAUGCAGAUUUGAUUUAUGUGAUAGAUAAAGGAUAAGUAGUUGAAUCAGGAAAUCAUUAGGAACUGAUGAAUCUACAUGGAAAAUAUGAAAUUUUAGCUAAGAAUUAAAUUAAUAAUCAAGAAGAUGUAUAAGAAUAAAAGAAGAAUAUAAAUUCAAAAUAAAAAUUAAAACCUUUAGAUAAAGUAGAUGAUGGAGUCAAAAAUAAUUCUUAAAAAAUGAUAUCUAUGAAUGUCAUGGAUAAUAAGAGUAUAACAGAAGAAGUGAUAGAUUAAUAUAAACAAAUAUAAGAAUUAGAUCUUUUAAUAAAAGGUUAAAAGGAAACAGAGAAUUCUCCUGAGAAAUAAUACUAGAAAGUAAAUUCAAAUGAGAAACCUACAGAACCAGAUGCAUAAAUGGGUAGACUAUUUACUUAUAAUCGAGCAGAGAGAUUAUAAUUUAUAAUAGGUAUCUUAGCAGCAUUAGCAAAUGGUUGUACUUUUCCUUUAUUUUCUCUAUUUUUAUCUGAUAUAAUUACAGUAUUAGCAUUAUCAAAUCCUAAACAAUAUGAUGGAUCUAUAAGAGAAUAGAAAAUGGAUUAUGUUAAAAGUGAAGCAGAUAAAAAUGCAUUAUAUUUUUUUAUAAUAGGAUGUGCAGCAUUUAUAUUAUGGGCAAUCUAAUCAUUUUGUUUGAGUUAUGUUGGUGAAAGAUUAACAUUAAAAUUAAGAUCAGAUACAUUUAGAAAAUUGUUAAGAAUGCCAAUUCCAUAUUUUGAUGAACCUAAAAAUAAUGCAGGAACAUUAACUAGUCGAUUAGCUGUAGAUUGUAAAUUAAUAAAUGGAUUAACAUCUUCAAUUAUUGGAAUUAAUUUAGCUAAUUUUGCUUCUUUAGUUUGUGGACUUUCAAUAGCAUUUACAUCAAGUUGGGCACUAACUCUUGUUACUAUUGGUGUUACACCUUUUACAUUCAUUUCAGGUGUAUUAUAGGCUAAAUAUUUAUAAGGUUUUUCUGCUUAAACAGAUGAAGCUUAUAAAGAUUCAGGUAAUUUAAUUAUGGAAGCUGUUACUAAUAUUAGAACUGUAUUCUCAUUUGGAAAUGAAUAAAUUAUUCUUGGAAUCUAUUCUAAAAAAGUAUAAAUGCCUUUAGAAAUGGCUAAAGCUAAAGGAUAUAAAGCAGGUUUUGCUAUGGGUCUAUCUUAAAUGAAUCUUUUUAUUAUGAAUGCCAUUGUAUUUUAUGUAGGUGCUGUAUUUUGUAGAGAUAUUGAUUUAAGUGUAAAUGAUAUGUUUAGAACAAUAUUUGCUUUGACUUUUGCUACUAUGGGAGCAGGUAAUAAUGCAGCAUUUGCUGGAGAUAUUGGAGCGGCUAAAAAUGCUAGUAAAAAUAUUUUUGAAAUUUUGGAUUGUGAAGAUGAAUUUUAAAAAGAAGAUAAACUUAAAAAAUUAAAAUUAACUUCACCUAUUCAAGGAGAUAUAUGUUUUAAUAAUUUAACAUUUAAAUAUUAAUCUAGAGAUAAAAAUGUCUUUCAAAAUCUUAGUCUUAAUGUUAAACCUGGAUAAAAAGUUGCUUUUGUUGGACCAUCUGGUUGUGGUAAAUCAACAUUAAUGUAAAUGUUAAUGAGAUUCUAUGAACCUGAUUCAGGUAAUAUUACUAUCAAUGGUAUUGAUAUCACUGAUUAUGAUAUACGUUAUUUAAGAAGAUAAUUUGGUAUUGUUUCACAAGAACCUGUUCUAUUUAAUGGAACUAUUAAAGAAAAUAUUCAAUAUAAUAUUAAUGAUGCUACUAUGGAAUCAAUUGAAAAUGCUGCCAAAAAAGCUAACGCUUAUGAUUUCAUUAUCAAUAAUUAAUUUGAAGAAACUUAGGCAGAAUAAAAAGGUAAUGAAUAAUAAAGAGGAUAAAGUUUCAAUAGACAAGUUGGACCAAAAGGAACUUAGAUUUCUGGAGGAUAAAAAUAAAGAAUAGCAAUAGCUAGAGCUGUAUUGAGAGACUGUAAUCUUUUACUUCUUGAUGAAGCUACAAGUGCUCUAGAUGCUGAAAGUGAAUAGUUAGUAUAAAGUAGCUUAAAUUAAUUAAUGUAAGGCAAAACUACUAUUGCUAUAGCACAUAGAAUCUCAACCAUUAAAGUAUUAAUUUGUUUUUCAUCUUUUAGGAUUCUGAUGUUAUCUAUGUAUUUGAAGAAGGAAAGAUAGUCGAAUAGGGAUCUUAUCAAUAAUUAAUAGAUAUAAGAGGAUCUUUCUAUAAACUAGAGUAAGGAAUUACCUAAUGAUUCAAUUAUUUAUAAUCCACAU